UCUCUAUCAAAUAUGGUAGUGAAAUGCUUGUCAACCGCUCACGAAAUAACUUAUAAAUAAAACAAAGUUGUUUUUGUAAUCAUAAAUUGAUUAUAAUGUCAAGCGGUCGUGGGAGGGGCUACACUGGUAGACAUCAUUUGAGGGAGACGAAGCCGGGAGAAGACCCAGAAGACAUGAAUGCUGCAAGGACUCUGGCGGAGUUGACUCCACGAUCAACAGCUAAAACCACGGUGGCAAUGAUUUCAGAGGUGAAGCCUGAUGAUGAAGUGGACACCUCUGGUGAUGAAGAGGCUCUACAGGCGAUGCUGAAAGUCGAUGAGCAGUUUGCAUCUUUAUUAGUACUGCUAGAACAAUUCACGCCAGGUGAAGACGGCAUACAGUUUAACAGGAAAUUGAGACAUUUCGAGACUUCCGUCACGGAGUUGUGUCCGGACGAGGCGAGGUUACAGCAAGCAUUCGCGACAUUUCGCGCUGCGGCCUUACAAAGUUCAGUGACAAGUAGGAAGUUGGCCACUGUAGGGGCUGCCUUCACAAGACAACAAAGGCAGGGGAUGCUAAGGGCAUCCUUGCUGAAUAUUAUGCAGGCGACAUUUACAAAAUUGGAAGUGCUGGAACGUGCGAAUCCAUUAUACUUGAUCAACGCUGCGAAUCUGAUGGGAGAUUAUUUUGCGGAGGCUCGUCUAUGCAAUGGGAAAAAAGUUCACAUCUUAGCUGGUCCGUUGGUUCAAUAUAUGCGGUCUCUACUCGCUUCAGAUGACAUAAGAGCACAUCGGAGUCUUGCUACACAGCUCAUGCAAAAUGGCCGAGAGCUCCUCUCUAUACUUUCCCAAGAGUUAGAUGACUUAUCGAUAUCCAUACGCCUUAGACUCUUGACACCACCACCCAUAAGCAUCAUCUGGCUCCUUCUGUCGUCUGAUCUCUGCUUAAACAAAUUCCUACCAUUGCCGAACACAUUGCAACAGUUCUACGCCUCACACUUAGACCUGACAAGCGAUGAGAACUUCUCCGAGGUGUCAUAUGGCUCCUGGAAGAAGGAAAACAUAAAUUUGAGCAUCGAAGAUGAUACUAAACCCAAAUUGAGACCGAUCUUGGGUGCCGGAGCCGGUCUACUGAGACAGGAGCAUCCAGAUCCAAGCGGCGAGGUCGAUUGGAAGCCUAGUCUAACUAAGCGAUACGAUUUGAACUCGUGGAGACAGGAGGAAAAGGAACCAACUUUUAACCCCAACGUGCCACCACCGAACUAUCAAGAGUUUCCGGUUUAUCCGGAGAACUAUUAUUUGCAACAAGGAGAUGGGGCAUACAUACAAAACAUGAGUGUUAACGUGCAAACAGAGAAAGUCAAUAAUGAAGUGCAGAAGUCCGUUGACAAUUAUGACCCUAAAUUUAAUGAAAAACGCUUCGAAGAGACUAACUUUAAUGAUAAGAGACAUGAUGACAUGCGUUAUGAAGAGACUAACUUUAAUGAUAAACGCAGUGAUGAUACGAAAUUUAAUGAUAAACGCGGGGAUGAUAAGAAGUUUGACGAACGUUCCAAGAAUGGAUCCAGGCAGAGAUUAAAUAGGCGAAAUAGUGGUGAGAUGGAGACGAGGAGGCAUGUUAGUGAUGUGCCGCGGAGUCAUAAAUAUUGGGACCACGACGACCGCUGUGAUAAAGACUAUAACAGUUAGUGAAUUAGUGUUGUUUAGUGACGCAAAAUUUCAGUGUAAUUAGGGAUGUGCGCGUGCGGAGCUGGUCCCCUUGGCCUACGGUGGGGCCGACCCGCCCCAAAGGAAAAUCUUAUGUAUGUAUUCCAUUUAUUUUCCGGCAAAAUGUGUUGCUCAAAUAUUUUCAUGUAGGCAUUAUAAUUUCUGGGACGUCUAACAUUAAUAAUUGCUUAGUGAAAGUUUAUCGAAUGAUUUCUUUGACCUUGGCAAUGUUUGCGUUCCCAAAGUGUUGUGUGCAAAUACAAUUAAGUGUAUCCAUGUAUUAAUUUACAAAAUCUUUUGUUUUAACACUUACAUUGAAGUGUUAGGGUUAGGGUAUUACGUAAGCACUAUGGGGACGGUUCUUUGAUUGUCCUAUUUGGUGAUUACGUCAACAGUAAUUAUUUACACAUAAUGUGUGUAUUUACAAAUAAUUACUGUUGACGUGAAAGCGAAAUGCAUUUUUGCAUACUACUGUUUUUCAGAGCUUUGCUUUGAUUAGUAAAACUGCUUAUGUAAUACUUGACCGGCCCCUUUAUGGCCCGUAUUCCAAAGUUAAUCAUAGCUUGAGCAAUGUUCGGGAACUCUCGGUUUAAUUUUUAGUGGAAUACGGGCGUAAGAUCUCAAAUCGUUUGGUUCAUUUCAAGUUUUGCUCAUAAUAAAGUUGAUUUCCAAUAGUUCAAAUUAAAUUUAGUUAAUGUCAAACGUCUUGCUUUGACAUAAAUUUAGUUGUUUCUAGAUAUGUUUUUGCGCUAACUAAUUCAGACAGUUGAUAUCAGUUUUUAUAAGUGUACAAUAUUAGCCUUAUCUGAUAUAAUAGAAAUAUAAUAUAAUCUUUAAGUGACAAGCGCCCUGCGCCCCUUGGAAUAAAUUGAGUUAACUCAUCAACUGAGUGUUGGGUUGACGAAAUUGCGCUGUUUGCCCAUAGCUAAUGAUAGUGGUGCUGAUUUUUUAUAUAAUAUAUAAAAUUCGGGCAAAAUUAACCAAGGAUAGUCCAAUCAAACACAAUUCCAAAAAUGAUGAAAAUAUUUGUUAGUUUUACCGCUAAAUGUCAUCAUAUUUAAACUUAGGGAAUUGUUCAAUCCCAGCUCAUUCAAGAUAUGUUCAGUAGUCUUUCUAAGUUACUGUUGCUACAUAAAGAUGUAUAUGAAAAUUUGCACCACUGUCGAUACAUAGUUUAAUUUUAACUUAGUCACAAAUAACUUAAUUUUAAAUAUUUAACAUUUAACAUUGUCGUUUUAAAUUAUAUCAAGAAUUGAUUUGUAAUUAAAUUAGCUUCACUAAGUUCGCUGACUUUUUACUUAAAAUCAUCAAAUUAAGUAUGUAGUGUUAGUAAUUUGUGCAAUGAGUUUAUAAUAAUAUUGUUUCUAAAGAACUUUUGGUUAAGAAUAUCCAAUGCAAUAUUAAAAGGAAGUCUUGACAUGAAGCAGUAGAUGUGUCUUAAGUUCUGCUACUCUGUAAUUUAAAAUUAGGGAUUGCAAAUAUAUUAAGAUCCCUAUUACUUAAGCUCACUAAAGAGUCAGUGAACUUGUCCAUGUUUUAACAUAUGGAGAGAAGGUGCGCUAAAGGUGAGUGAUUCCUGUAUGUCAAAAAUGUGUAGGAUUUUGACAUACUGACUACACUUACCUGAAGUUAAUGUAGUUAUAUAUAACUAAUAUAAUGACAUUUGACUAAAAUAAGUUUAGUUUUUCACCUAAUUAAAUUGUAAAUUUAGUCUCUAUAGGCUGUUUAGCAUUUUUUUUAAUAAUGCCUUUAAAAAUUCAAAUAAACCUAUGGUUAAGUAUAAACGCUUAAAACAAAAUGGCGUCGAACUUGUCAUGAUUGUAAACAGAUUUCAAAUGCUUAACCGUGCCAUCAUUCCUAAAUUACAAAAAUAUGUAGACCAAAGUCCCCGAAGGACUUAAACUUCCACAGGCCCUUUGUGUCACGUGGCAUGAAAGUCAAUUAUAAUUGGACUUUUUGACAUUUUUAUAAACUACACACAGUCGAUUCAACUAAUCUGUGACAUUUUUGAUAAAGCCAUGUUUUAUAUAUUCUCAACUUUUCAUGUCAAAUGGCCUAUUUUAGACUAAAUGUAUGUCAAAUUGCAAACCAAAAUCAAAACGGACUGAAACGAACAUGCUCGUACCUGUAAAGCACAAUUUCACUUUAAACGCUAGAUUAGUUAGGUUAAUCUAAAAUAUAGCUUUGUCUGAACCAGACGUUUUUGUACCAAGUUCCGAAGCAACUUUGGCAGCGGCAUUUUCUUCUGAAUCUUUCGUAAGCCGAUACGAAUCGAAUUUUAAUAAUAAUUUUGGGUUUCAAUUGAAACCUCGAAGACAAGAUGGUAUCAGUCAUUUGAUUUAUGGGAAUGGGAUUAGUUUGAAAAGUUGACACAAUUCUCAUAUGUUCAAGAAUUGUGGUAGAAAACCCUCACUUAAAGUUCAUAUGGGAGAUGUCAAAAUGGAAAACAAUCAAUAUUCUAAAAUUAAACUUCCGACAUUCACGAUCAUAAAGAUUUGUAAGUUAUUUACAUACAGUUAAUAUUAUCUGUUUCCGUAUCAAACUUCCUUGUAUUAUGGAAAUUGAGGUUAAGGAAAUUGCGAACGAUGCGUUGACAUUUACAAUUUGACAAUGACAGUUGACGCAUAAAAUAUAGUUUAUGUCUAAUUUUAUAGUGACAUCUGACAACCGAGAACUGUCAAUUUAACCACCACAUGAAAAAUGAUAGAUUUUGCUAAAUUUCAUAAUGACAAAUUUCUUUAUUAACAAUUUUGAUUAUUACAGGUAACGUCUGUCAGAUGUCAACUGCCAUUCUCAAAUUUGAAAUGUAUUACGUAAUAAUAAUUUAGCUCAAACAAAUAUCUAAACGGCAGAUUUUUCAUAGUAUUGAUUUUACUAAUUGAUUUGAGCGCCAUCUAUCAUCUGUAAGAUGAUACUACGUUUUUAGCCGAAUAUUAAAUUUUCGUUUAGAAAUAAAAAAAAAUUAGUUUUGUGCCGAGUCUUCAUACAAAUCACGGGGGUAUGCGUGUAGAACCUUGUCAAACUCACGCUAGUUUGAAGCUAAUAUUAAUUUUCAAAACUUAUAGGACUUAGGAUAUAAUGUAUGAUUUAUUAGUUUAAAUUACUGCUGGCUCAGUGGUUAGGAUUUUAGUAAUAAUUUACUAUUGGAUUAGACAUAGAAGGUGUUAAGAUAAUGAUUCAAAGAUAAACCUAUACCGAGUGGGUUAUUAAGAAAAUAAUUGCACCACAGCUAAAGCAUUAUUUUUAAAAUGCCUAAAUUUUAGUUGUGUAUCAUCGACAUAUUGAAAUGUAACGUGGUUAAUAUUAAUUGAUUUGUCGAUUAUUGUGUUUUUGUCGAUUAUGCUUUAGUAGCGAUCGACUUUGACACAUUUUCCGAAUAAAUUUCAUUUCCUCUAAGUGUUGUGCUUUGAGGUGUUUAACUGGUGAAUUAUCAAUUCGUAUUCAUAAUAUGUAGGAUUAUUUUUAACUAAUAUUAAUCUAAUUUAACUUUGGUGGUGUAGAGUAAAAAAAUAUAGAGGGCGCUGUCUCUUGGCAACCGACACUGAAAUUAUAUUUGUUUCGUUGAAACUGAUUUUUUUAACAUACGGCCGGUGACCGUAAAAAAAUAUUGUAAUGUUAAUUCUACAACAGUAACGAUUCUGUUAUAUAAUGAUUACUGUGCUUCUGGUGGCAAUUAGGCAUAUUUGAUGGAGUUUCUUUGUUUAUUGGUAAAAAUAAUAAUUGAUUCAUAAUAACACAAUUUUAGGAUACUUUUUUUUUUUAUUUUAUCAGGUAAGAGAGUUUCGACUCCUGAUUAUACCCUAAAGUCUUAAUAAUGUCAUAUACAACAUGAUCCUGCGAAAUCUUGGUACGAAAUAUAUUUUGCAAUGGCUAUUUUGACAGUUC